AUGGCGCGCCUUCUCUUCCGUCUUCUCGGAGAAUCCAACACUCCGUCGCCGGUGACAGAUACCUCCACCGCCGCUUUGAACUCCAACCUCGUCAUCAUCCUCGCCACUCUCCUCUGCGCCAUGGUCUGCGUUCUCGGUCUAAUCGCCGUUUCUCGAUGCGUCUGGCUCCGUCGUCUCGCCGCCGGUAACCGAAUCUCCUCCGGCGGUUCCGGUCAAUCUCCACCGCCCCAGGUAGCAGCGGCGAACAAAGGCUUGAAGAAGAAAGUGCUCCAGUCUCUCCCGAAGGUGACUUUCUCGCCGGAAUCGCCUUCGUCGGAGAAUUUCGCCGAGUGUGCGAUUUGCCUGACGGAGUUCUCCGCCGGAGACGAGCUUCGGGUUUUGCCGCAGUGUGGUCACGGUUUCCACUUGUCUUGCAUUGACACGUGGCUUGGUUCUCACUCGUCUUGUCCUUCUUGCCGUAGGAUCUUGGUGGUUUCUAGGUGUCAUAAGUGUGGCGGUUUACCCGGUAGCUCUAGUUCAGGACCCGAAAUCGAGAUCCGAAUCAAGCAAGGCGAAGAUGAUCCUAACUCCUCCUUGCCUUGAGUUUUUUUUUUAGUUUCUUUGUGUUUUAGAUAUAUAACUCCAUAAGUUUAAGCAGAUCAUUUUUAGUGGAUACUGUUUACUCCCUUAAU